AUGAAGUUCACCGUCAUUACCUCUCUCCUUGCUCUCGCCUCAACCCUCGUCCAUGUCACUGCCGUCCCACAGCUGGAUGACUGGCGCAACCGUGAUCGUUGCCCGGACACUACCAAGUGGUUGUGGAAGCACCAUACCAUGACCCGCAGCUACACCAGGUACAUCACUAAGUACAAUGGGUACCAUACUCGCACGCAGACCGUGACUUCGACGGGGUCGGGAACGACUACGGUCACCAUUGUCAGACCUACCACGGCCACUGUCACCCGUACUGGUGAUAUCAGCACCGUCGUCAUGACGAGCACGGUCGAAAUCCCAGGCGAGGGAACGACCGUCACCAUUCCCGGAACUGACGUCUUCACCGUCACUGUUCCUGGGCCCGGAACCACUUCGACGAUUACGUCUAGGCCAAUCGUCACCAGUACCGUAUUUGUCCCAGUGUCGGGGUCGGGAACUAUCAGUACCCUUAUAUCGACGAUCACUGCGCCUGGGACUACCCGCACUAUCACCUCGACGAUCGCCGGUGAGGGGACGAAUCGUACAGUCACUUCGACAAUCACCGAGGCGGGGACGACUCGUACCGUCACCUCGACACUCACCAAUGAGGGAAUGAACCGCACAGUCACUUCGACGAUCACCGGGGCGGGGACGACUCGUACCGUCAUCUCAAUGAUCACCCGUGAGGGGACUAAUCGUACAGUCACUUCGACGAUCAACGGCCCUACCGUCACCCGCACUGUCCUGUCCACGAUUUCGAUCCCCGGUCUCCCUACUACCGUCACCACGACCAUCACCGCCAGCGGAACAGGAGCCAACCCGGACCCCACAGCGACGCCUCCCGUGUGCACGCUCACCUCCGUGAUCCGCAACAGCGGCUUCGAGGACUCCUCUGGCAACUCCUCUCCCUGGAACAUAAUCAGCUCUCAGGGCAACGGGCAGACCGACAACCGAGUAGGCGUGCCCGCCAACCCGACACGCAGCGGCACACGCAGCCUACUCUUCCGUAUCCCUCGCUCUGACAACGCAAACAGCUUCAUCACCAUCGCGCAGAGCGUACGUAUGUGCGUCGGCCGCCGCUACAACUUCUCGGCGUGGACGAGGAGCACCAAUGCUGAGAGUAGGUGUGCGGCCACGUUCUCGAUCGAUGGGGUCACCCUCGCGACCUCGGAUCCGAACAGCGCGUUGAGGACCUGGACGCAGACUACGGCGGAGUACAUGCCAACUGUCGAGUUCCAGCCGGUUAGCGUCCGCGUCGUCUGUCCUGGCACCGCGGACGGGGCCGCCGAGGGCUUCGAAGAUUUUUGGUUGGAUGAUGUGGAGAUGACUUUGGCUGCGGAGGAGGAUUAGGCUCCGCUUCAACCCGUGAGAGAGCUCGGGAGACGAUGGCUACUUGUUUUUUUUUGUCUUUUUGAUUUGGAUCCAUCUGCUUUCUAUGGUGCUGGAGCGCCGAACCGUACCUAAUAUCUGUCAUUAAAACAUAAUGGUUAUACCUUUGCCCCUAGGGCGCCGACUCAACAAGUAGUCGCGGACGAAACUCUGUUGAACAUGUUGACAGGAUUAUAAUAGACUAUCGGCGUCGAUUUCCCGGCCGAUUACGUCCCGCCAAGUUUAGAUCUCCAGCUGUGGAACUUCAGGCCAAUCAAUAACUGAUUAUGAAGUUGGUUUUGUGGCAGCUGUCACUCCGGG